AUGAUGAAAUCAGUUGACGGGCUCCCCUCCUUCUUGCCCCCGCUAACACUAACCCCAGCCUCCACUCUCUCCUCCUCCAAACCAUCUUGUAUUACGCCCUCUUCUUCUACUACUGUUCUUCCCUUUAAUUUCCGCAACAACUUUCCCCUAAAAUCCCACAGCCCACAAUUUAAUCUCCGUAAGAAUUUCUUGCUUUUGGUCCGGGCGUCAGAUGACAACAAAAGUAAUAACGGGGAAGACAGUAGCAAUCCAUUGAGCAAGGAAGGGCUCAAAGAUGAUAAUAAUACUGACAGCAACGGAAUCGAUGGUGAUAAUGGCGGUGAGAAUGGGGAGAACGGGAAUGGGAAUGGACGGGGGCCGAGAUUGAAUCUGAAAUGGGUUGAUCUGCUGUUGAACCCAGACCCGGAUAACGUGGCGGCGGUUGGAUUGACUGGGGUGUUAGCCUGGGCAAGCGUGCAGGUGCUGUGGCAGCUGUUUGUGAUUUCAAUAGCAAUCUUGCUGGCAGCUCUCAAGUACUCCUUCAUUGCUGCCCUCCUCAUCUUCAUCCUCAUUACCCUCCUUUAG